ACGUGGGACUCUGGUCCCUGCCAGGCGUCUCCCUGCGAUGUGGCCCUGGUUGGUUUAAAGUCUGCGUGUUAUCACCCACCCCAGCCCCGGGGCUCAUAAAAUCGCACCGGGACGGAGACACCAACGCUGCUGCCGCUGCUGCCCGUGACCAGCCGGCCCCAUGGGCGCUUCUUCCUUUUUAAAAAGGGCCCAGGCUCUGCUCCGUGUCCAGAACCAGCUGGCGCGGGAGUGCCUGGCUGAGCUGCUGGCCGUCUUCGUGCUCAUCCUGAUCACCCUGAGUGGCUCGGCACAGAUGGUCACCAGCUCCGGGACAAAGGGGAACAUCCUCACCGCCAACCUGGCAGGUGCCCUGGCCGUCAUGGUGGCCAUCUACACGGCGGGGGGAGUCUCCGGGGCCCACCUGAAUCCGGCGUUCUCCCUCGCCAUGUGCCUGCUGGAGCAGCUUCCUUGGUGGAAGUUUCCCAUUUUCGUGGCCGUGCAGACCUCGGGAGCUUUCAUCGCCGCCGGAGCCGUCUACGCCCUCUACUACGACGCCAUCCAGCACUACAGCAACGGGACCCUCGCCACCUCCGGCCCCCGGGAAACCGCCUCCAUCUUUGCCACCUACCCCGCUGACUACCUCUCCCUCUCCAACGGCUUCUUGGACCAGGUGAUGGGCACGGCGCUGCUGAUCCUGGGCAUCCUUGCCAUCCUGGACACCCGCAACAAGGGUGUCCCCAAGGGCUUGGAGCCGGUGGCCGUGGCCCUGCUGGUGUUCUCCAUCGAGAUCUCCAUGGGCUCCAACUGCGGCUGCCCCAUCAACCCCGCACGGGAUUUCGGGCCCCGGCUCUUCACCUACGUGGCGGGUUGGGGCGCGGAGGUCUUCAGCAGGGGCAAUGGGUGGUGGUGGGUGCCGGUGGCGGCACCGCUGCUGGGGGCCGCGGUGGGCUCGGCCCUUUACCAGCUCCUCGUGGCUUUCCACCACCCGGGCGAGGAGGGUGACCCCCCCGCCACGCAGAGCUCUCUGGUCCUCGUCAACGCCACCGUCCCCCCGGACAUCGCCAUGUCGCCCCGGGAGAAGGACACCGGGGGGAUGCUGCCGCCCCAGAAGAAGUGACGCUGGGGACCCCUCCGCCACCCAGACUCGGUGGCUUGGGGGUUGGGGGGGGGGGGGGGGUGUCUCCCCAAAGUCCCCAUUACA